AAGGAGGAGGCUGCCAUGACACAGUGGAUGCUGCACAGAAUCAGUUCCACAGCAUCAGCAGCCAGCGCACCUCCAUCCUCCUUGUUCUCCCUCUCUCCUUCUCUUUUUUCACCUCCUUCUCACCACUACCACCCUAGCUCUCUCUUCUCUCUCCCCCUCCUCCUACUCCUCUCCCCCGCGACAGACAGGGAGGAAAAGCAGCAGCACGAGCAGCAGGCGGACUGGUAGGUGUGCUGAGGCCUGUCUCCCUCCUGCAGCACAGGCAAGACAUUGCGUUCUCCUCUGAUCUCCGUCAAGGACUAUCUAUUUGAGAAGUGUGAGUGUGUGCGUGACGAGAGCAGGGAUCCAGAAACUCGGCAGUGACAACCACCACUCCUUUGGAGCUCUCAUUUGCAUCGGCAGGUCUACACAGGGAGGAUGUUGCUGUGUAUAUUUUCUCCUCCUCUGUGUGCAUAGAGAUGGAUUUAUAUCCUCUGUUCCAGUGCUGGUGCUGUCUGUUGAUUUCCUGGGAUCUGCUUCAGUGCUGACGAGGCCUCGUGUGUUUGCACACGUGUGUCUUUGCCAAUGAGUGUGUUGAAUGUCUAACAAAGGUCACAUCAUUUGGCAUGCUGUGUGAAUGUAUUUUCAGCUGGCUUAAUGACGGUCUUCCUUUAUUUCUUUCUCCUAAACCCCCGUCAUCACCAGCCAUCUCAUCUACUCCUUCUUGCAUCACAUCUUCUUCCUCAUCACCUUCUUCAUCUUUGCUGCAAUUUUCUUCCCCUCUCCAUUUUUCCUUUUUUUCUCCUCCUUGUCUGUUCUUAUCUGCGUCCCUCCUUUACACCUCUCCACGUUCCUCUUCCAUCCUUCAGGCCAGUUGGUUUUCCCAGGAUGCCUUGUACCAGGCCACUCCGCUAGGCCCUAGCAGCAUGGGCGGAGCCUGGGUGGAGAGAGAAAGCACGGAUUGGACCCUUCCCCUCAGGACGGGCGCGCUGGCGGGUCACCCUCUCUCUGCUUCAGAUGGGCGAGGACGCUGAGAGCCCCAAAAUCAACCACACCUUCCUGCGAGACUACGUCACUGAAGGUAAGUGAUGGUGUGUCAUCCUGGUGUCUGUGGUGUCAGAUAUCAUGCCUGUACGAUUGAAGGGAGUCAUUUUAGCUCCAUGGGUGCAUUAUCCCUCCAGUGAUGGAUAUGGGAAUGACUGUGGAAACGACUUACUGAACACUUACUCAGAGAUAUUCAGAGACAUGAUCCAGACAAAUCGUUGUUGGAGUGGUGUUUUUAUUUCGGUAUACAGGACAAAUAACUCUGAUCUAAUUGAAAAAGAUUCUUUGUAUGGAUCCAGCGUUUCUUAAAAUUUCAUUUUUUGCCGAUCCUCUCUCUGUCUUUCUCCUGUCCAUCACUUCUGUUUUUGUUUGUUCUUUUUUUUUUUACCACUACUCAUUUAAUUGGCUUUUUUUUCCCUUGUCGUCCUUCCAGCUGAUGUCAUCUCUACGGUGGAGUUCAACCAGACAGGGGACCUGCUGGCCACAGGGGAUAAAGGUGGCCGAGUGGUCAUCUUUCAGAGAGAGACCGAAGUCAGUUUAAUAUUUAAAAUUCUUAGUUGGACCCUAUUUACAACAUUUUUAGGGUUAUUGUGAUAUCUUUACCCAUGCAUGCUGAUUCAAAUCUCUGUUUCUCUUCCUCUGUUUACCUUUGAUAGUCUAAGGGGGAUUCAGAGGAGGUGGGGGAAACAGGCGAAUCGGGGGAGUACAAUGUCUACAGCACGUUCCAGAGCCAUGAGCCAGACUUUGACUAUCUUAAAAGUCUAGAAAUUGAAGAGAAAAUCAACAAGAUCAAAUGGCUGUCACAGCAGAAUGCAGCACACUUCCUCCUCUCCACCAAUGGUGAGAAACGAGUGAUAACCAGAACAUCUGCCAAAUUCAUAAUCCCUGUUAAGGAUGAAGAAGAAAGAGUACAUCUGUAUCCAGCAUGUGAAUGUGUUUUUGAUUGAUGUUCAAAGUGACAUGACUGACUUUGGUGUUAAAUUACAAACUUCAGCACAGCCCUUCUCCAGUUCCCAGCAUUAUGCCAGCCUGGCUUCAUCUUCUGUUUCCAAUAGAGGAUAAUAUAACACAAAGUCAGUCAAUGGAGUCACAUUUGUGGUAACGAUAGAGGCAUCAACCUACAGGUGUAGAAAGCACAGGAUCUGAGCGGUGCUUUAUUUGCACCCUCAUUCUCGGACGAAAUUGCUCUUAAAGAAGUGAGCGAGAUGCAGCUCCCUUAGCAGAUCAGUUUUCUGACUGAUGUACAAAAUGUCAUAAGAUAUCUUUUCAACUAUCUAAAGCUGUUGAAGUUUAAGUUAAGGCUUAUAUUGACAGUUUUUCCAGGAUCUUAUCAACUUUCAGUGACGUGCAAAUCUCUCUGCCUGCCACAGAUAAGACCAUUAAACUGUGGAAGGUGAGUGAGAGAGACAAGAGGCCAGAGGGCUACAACCUGAAAGAUGAGGAGGGACGGCUCAAGGAUAUCUCCACCAUCACCUCACUGCAGGUGCAUGCACACAAACACAUCAUGCAGUACCCCCCAUGUACACGUUUAUCUCUGCUGGUCAAAUAUAAUCGUAUCUCUCUUGUUAUCUCUCACCGUCCUGCCUUCUGAUUCUCAUCUCUUCUUGCUGACUUUACUGCGAUGAAGCUCUGUGUAAACAUCUGUUUUUAAAUGUGUUUUAUACAUGAAGUUGAUAUCAUAUUUUUUUCCUUCCCCUUUCUCCUUUUCCUUCUGUAUUACUUGUUUUAAACUAUAUCUAAGGUACCAGUGCUGAAACCUACAGAUCUGAUGGUAGAGGUUCGACCCAGACGAGUUUUCUCCAAUGGACACACCUACCAUGUCAACUCCAUCUCUGUCAACAGCGAUGGGGAGACCUACCUGUCUGCUGAUGACCUUCGCAUCAAUAUGUGGCAUCUGGACAUCACAGACCGCAGUUUCAGUAUCCUUUUUUUACCUUUAUUUGUUUUGUUUAGGUCACAGAAGUUUCAAUUUGAAUUAUAGUUUACUGAUAAAACUGCUUUUUUCUGAGAGUUUUCUGUGGUGGACCAUGGAUUAUUUUCUCGCAUGUUGUCCUAUGUGGAGAAAGCACUCUGGAUUUCACAGAAAAUAUAAUUCUAUGGAAUUCUAACGAAUAGGGGAGAUGGAUGAAUCGGCAGUAUCUAUUUAUUGCAUGAUUUUUUUUUUAUGGUUUAAAAUAUUUUUACAAUCGUUUUAAAUUCAGUCACGUUCAUUUAAAAUAUGGAGUAUUUACUUGCCUAUUAGAUUAUAAAACUGUCGUGUGAUAUAGAUAUUUUUGUAUAAGUUCAAGGUGAUCUGUUAAAAUGAGGACACAAGCAGCCUGAAUAUGUGCAUCACAUGUGACCAGUGUCGAACAUGGACUACAUAGACUAGAACACAGACUGCAUUGCACAGGCCUGGGGUAUCCAAAUCUGUUCUGUAUUCCUAUUACACUUUUAUUUAAAACCUAUUUUGCAUGUUUCUUUACAGUUUUGCCGAUCUGUACCAUCCAUAAGCACCAACAUUUUAACACACAAUUUCCUGUCCUGAAAUACACAUGCAGUGGAAUAUACUUUACAAUCCUGCUCAUCUAAAUUCAAUCUGGAUCUAUAUUUAAUGUAAACAUCUCAUGGCUGUGUCUGGAUAUAUGUUGAAAGCAGAGAGCGGUGUACCUCAGGGGAGUGUAUGUUUGGUGCAGGCUGUAGUGUGAUAGACCGGGUGCAUUUGGUGAUUUCCCAUUCAAAUGGAAGCUGACCUAGAAAAUCAGAGAGGCAUCUAUGGAAGAGGAGUUUAAAUAAUUCAGUCAGCAGUACACUUUCUACUGAACCACACAGGACUGCCACAAAUAGAACAGAGAGGAGCAGAGUGUGCGGGUAUACUGGGGCUUUGUUAGGGAGCAAUUUUGGGGCGUUUGGUUAUGAAAUGAUGGAGUAUGGAGAACAUGUUUGUACAAAAAAAGGAAAGAAAUCAGAUCUAUUUCUCUUUCUGUGAUGCUGCGCCUUUCCUUUGUCUGCUCUUCCCUUGGAAUAUGGUCCAACCUUUGUUGUGUUGAAUCCCUUACAGACCAUCUUUUUCAGAUAUUGUUGAUAUCAAACCAGCCAACAUGGAGGAUCUGACAGAGGUGAUAACAGCGGCAGAGUUCCACCCACACCACUGUCACCUGUUUGUGUACAGCAGCAGCAAGGGCACCCUGCGUCUCUGUGACAUGAGAGCAUCUGCGCUCUGUGACAAACAAGCCAAAUGUGAGCAUGUCGUGGAGCAUAGGAAGCAUACAUGGUUCAUUUUUGCUGCACAGAGCUGAGCAUUCAGUAUGUUGGUGCCCUGAAACGGUUUUAGUUUUUAAGUGGAUAAAUCCUCCCUUACAUAAACUCUCCUUCUCUGUCAUUGGUCAGUGUUUGAAGAGCCUGAGGAUCCAGGAAGUCGCUCCUUCUUCUCGGAGAUCAUUUCCUCUGUGUCAGACGUCAAGUUCAGCCACAGCGGACGCUACUUGCUGACCCGAGACUACCUCACCGCCAAGGUGUGGGACCUUAACAUGGACAAGGGCCCUGUGGAGACAUACCAGGUGAGCUGUUCCCACUCUGUCUCUCCCAUGAAGACAUAGAAGAUAUUUAGGAUGUCGAUGUUGCUCCUUGGCUUCAAAUCUGUCUAUCCAUCUUGAUUCAUUCGGGGUUGCAACGGGCUUUAGCCAGUCUCAGUUGAUAGUGAGAAAGAGGCAAGGAACCCUGGACAGAUAUUCAGUCUGUUACAGGACUGACAUUCAGGUACAAACAACUAUUUAUUUUAAAACAAUAAAUUAUUAAAGACACUAGUUUACAUCAUGCAGUUGGGCUGUUGGAGAAAAUCUAAGUGCUUGGUAAUGACCCUCACAAGCAUAGAGAGAAUAUGUAAACUCUUGAUCGAGUUUCUCCUACCUUAGCAGGAUAGUCCAGAGCUUUCUCUCUGUGAGGUGACAGCACAAAUCACUGCACCACUGUGCAGCCCGGCUUUAAAGUCAAUCAAUGCAAAGUGCUUUAAACUUGAAUGAUCCUUACUGGACAUCUGCAGUCUGAUCGCAAAAAAACUCAGUAUGAAACCUGACCCAAGCAAAACCAGUUCCAGUUCUUGUUCGAGUCUUUCUCCUCACAGGAUGGUGAUUACUUUGAAAAAACCCAGUUCCAUGUAAAGUAGAACUGGUGAUAAAAUAUGUCUUUAGGUGUGGUUUCUUCUUCUUCUCUUUUGGCUCAAAAAAAUAUUUAUAAAACUCUUAUCUGUCUUGGCUUAUUUUAUAUAAUCUGUUAUCUAUAUUUCACUAGACAAUUGAGUGUAUGUGCAGGUUUAAGUGCAGGUGGCUCACUGACAAAGUUGAAAAAAGGAAUCAAAAACAGUCUGUAUGCUUAUAUGAAUUUGUGUGGAUUAUUUGUUUGAGCUGUGACUUAUUUUCUUAAUUUAAUUGAUUAGCAUCAACAGCAAUAACUGAUCACAGAUAAAUAAGGUUUCCUAUCAGAAAUGCAGUUUGUUGCAGAUGUAGAUUUGUACAUGUUCAUUUCCUAUCAGAGGCUGUUUGUCUGAUUUUAGGUCCAUGAAUACCUGAGGAGCAAACUGUGUUCCCUCUAUGAGAACGACUGCAUCUUUGACAAGUUUGAGUGCGUUUGGAACAGCUCUGACAGGUAAGAUGCAGAGAAAAGUAGGGAGCACGUCACUGUGUCUGUGCUUACAGUCAUCCUCUAAAUGCUCUGCCUCCGCUGCUAUAGCUGACAUUUUGAUCAAUUGCAGAGACAAGCUUCGCAGACAUCUAAUCAAUCUCUGUACCCUUAAUUUUGCUUUCCUCUUCCCCAUCACAUCUUGUUUCUCUGAGCCCUCCUGCAGUGCAUUCACUUGCCCUUUUCAAUGAGACAUCUCAUUAUGUUCCGCUGUCUUCUCUUUAGCGUGAUCAUGACAGGAGCGUACAACAACUUCUUCCGGAUGUUCGACAGGGAGACGGGGAGGGGUGUCACCCUGGAAGCUUGGCGAGAAAGCAGCAAGCCGCGCGCCGUGCUGCGGACCCGGCGUGUGUACACUGGUGGUAAGCGUCGCCGUGGAGAUGUAGGUGUCGACAGCCUGGACUUCACCAAGAAAAUCCUUCACAUGGCUUGGCACCCAGCUGAGAAUAUCAUCGCCAUAGCAGCCACUAACAACCUGUACAUCUUUCAGGACCGUGUCAACCCUGAAGGGCAGGGACAGUGACAGAAAGAGAAUGUGGACAGUGGCGGGGACAGUUCAGAGACGGCAACCCAGAUAAAUUUGGAUAUUUAAGGGAUGGCAUGGGGAUUGGACAGCUUUGGCAACAUUUCUGGGGUUAAUGUAAGAUUGGAUUGAUGAUAAAAAUGACGAGUGUUAUCUUCCUCGAUCCCCAAGGAUGGUGUUGUAUAAUUUUGGUUCAACUCUGUGGUGAACUGAUGUCUCCAGCAUCAACCGGGACACGUUUUUCUUCCCACUUCUCCCACUUUUUGAAGAUGUUUGUGUAACUGCCUGAUUAUAGGGGCAGUAAGAAGAGGUGCAGGGACACCUCUUCAUCUGCCAUGACUCAGAGCUUAUGACCACACAAUAUUGCACUCCUCCUCCUCCUCACUGAUCUGGUACCUUUUGACACAAUAUGGAAGACAAGUGUUUGGUAGCAACAGUGAAAAUCCUUGACAUAAUAACGUGGCAUAUUUCCUAAGACUUUGCCUGACAGUUCAUCGAAAUUCAAGCAUUUUUCACCAUUGUGGAUCUUAGGAGUGAUGACAUUGUACAGCUUUUCACAGCAACAUCUUCAACCGUUUUCUUUUCACUUCUAAGCUGCCCCACAGCAGCUGAUCCUCUCCUUCAGAGCAGUGCUCUUGGAGAUUGCACGCAUAAACGACCCCCGAUCUUUGCCCCCUCUCACUUUUUAAUAACAGCACUAAGAAAACACAGUGCAGCAAUUUUCCUGCUUUUAAACACUAGCUCUUCUUCUACUACAGAUAUACAUACACUCUUUUUACUGCUAGCUGUAAAUAUCAUUUGUUCUUUUUUUAUUGAGGUACCAAUUCCCAGAGAGCUGAGAGGAGAAAUAUGAAUUUUUAGCAUGUGAACUGGAGACCCUGCAUAGAGGAGCAGGUGAAACCACACUAUUCUCAAAACAAGUUUGUCUGAGGGGUUACUUCUUGUAGCAGUACAUCAAUUGGUGCUGCUGGCUGUAGAAAGGAGAAGCAAGUCAUCCACAAACCUACACAUAAUGAAUUUUUUUCUUAUGCAAUUGGAUUUUGAUCAAUUGUACAAAUGAUUUUUUUCUCCAAAGUUGGCAUACAUGUCUUGUAAAUUAUACUUAAAAAGAGAGCAACAGAGAGUUAAUGUCGACCCCUUUUGGAAACGUUGAAGCUAAUGCUGUUUGAGUAUAAAAGGUUGGAUUAACCUUAAGAGUAAUGCUAAUUCAAAGUGAGUUGCAAACAUACAAUACAUAAGCACACUCUCUAGAAAUGUAUUACAAUCAAGAAAGAUGGAGUUGAAGCACAUGUUCUCAUAAACGAGGCCCCCAGUUUAGCGAAGUUUUGGUGAGGAAGCUUGUGACCAACGUAAAUAAAAGUCAAGGUUAUCGUCAGUGCAAUAGCUCAUUAUGUACAUUGCAGAAAUGUCUUAUAAUUAAACACGAAUGCCAUAUGACUUUAUCAAGCCACAGGUUUUAAAUGUCAUUUGCCAUAUACCUCACAGCGCCAUAUGCUAAUCUGGGGUGUGACUGAAAGUUUAGGAUGUACAGCAGUGAGGUAAAGUCUGUGUUGGACUGAAUUCUGUGACCUGUUCAUGAUUUGAUUGUUUACAGUCAAGUGCUUUGUUUUUAAGUGACCUUUGCCCUGGUGGCAUUAUUGAUGUGGGUUUUGGAUGUGUAGUGAAGCAGGGGGAGUAACAAAAUACAGACAGAGGCAGAAAUAAUCACCUUUUGCAUUUUUUUCUUUGCAGGAUCUAUCCACCAAAACGAGUUUUAACUUACAGCCUUUAAAAGAAGAAGACCUGUACUGUACUGUAUGUCCCCUUCUCUGUUCUGUCCUCACUUUCACCUCCUUUGGUUUUAAAAUUCACUGUCAGAGACAUUUCUGUUACUGCAGUUUGACUUGUGGGCACUCCUGUAGUAACUGCUGCGAUGUUUUGGUCUUCGGUGUCUCCCAUCGUCGUUUAAUGCAGACACGAUCUAGCACUGAUUGGUUUAGGAAUACGUUCAAACCAGCAAAAUUCACUUUACAGAACCCACAACAAGAGGAAAAAUCCACACAAGACUCAGUAUAAAUUCCAGGUCUCAGUCCUCAGAAGAGCUAACUGUAGUUUAGAGCUGGUCAUUUGUAAUCCCAUCGUAAACACCACCACAUUCAAGCAGUGAGAGGAUUUAUGUUCAGGAGCACAGCAGCAGCAGCAUGUCGCCAUUACUCAAAACUACUAGUGUGUAUAUCUAUCAUAAUUUAAAAAAGACAAAUCUAACAAUACAGAAAACAUAAGUAUAAUGAGGUGAAUGAAAGGAAUGUGCAUUAAUAAACUUAUCUGAAAUCUGUCCGAAAAUGUGUUAAAUAUGUCUGUGUGUGUGUGUGUGUGUGUGUGUGUGUGUGUGUGUGUGUGUGUGUGUGUGUGUGUGUGUGUGUGUGUGUGUGUGUGUGUGUGUGUGUGUGUGUGUGUGUGUGUGUGUGUGUGUGUGUGCAUUACUGGAGUCUAUUUCUCUUUUUCUUCUGGGCCAAAAAACCCUCCCAGUUUGUUUGACUAAUUUUAUUACAGAUUCAUCACACACUCCUCAGAUCCAUCGAUUAAUAGACAAGGCAUUUAAGUACACGGUACACAAGUUUAACAUGACUUAAUUUUGUAUUCAAGCAGACACAAAACUAGAACCAGAACUGUGAAGGAGUACGCUCCCCUCAGCCAAAAAUUGACAAAAACCGUGAUGAGAGUUGUGAUGUUGAUGAUGACUCUUGAAGUCUUGAAUUUGAUUGGUGGGUUCACACUGGUGCCAACAGUGUUUGAGGUUUCUUGACAUUGAAGACAUAACAGGAAUAAAGGGACAUGACACUGAAGUAAGGACUGGGGCACUUAGAGUGGACACUGAAUAACUUCUUCUCUUGAGUUAAACUAUUUUGGAUGAAAAGUUGAAAACUUACUUUAAACCGCUUUGGUUACAUUUUGAAUUAGAAUUGGAAAUACAACAAUACUAAUUAGCCUGUUCUGGACCACCUUACUAAUAAUGAGAAAUGUCAGUGUGUUCAAACAGACAGGUAAUCAAGAGGUGGACACUUUAUCAUAGAUACAGAAGAGUAAGGACAGUAUGGCUGACCUGCAUUAAUACAGUAGGUUUAUAGAGUGUUUUUCAAUGUAACUGGCUCCAAAUAUCAUAUCUAUUAACUGUAAUAAAGUGCCACCUGAAGGCCUGAGGAUCAUGACUAUCUGAUAACAGUAACAGUUAACAGUACUUUGUACUAUAGUGACAAAUUGUUGGUGCACAUUAUUCUGAAAUUGUUGACCUACUUGCUCACGCAGUCUCUCACAGAGCGGUGAACCUCUUUCCACUUACAGCUUUGUGAAUUAUUUCGUUUUUUUUCCACAACACAUCUUUUUCAGUGUUUUAUUCUCCUUGUCCGAAGUUUUUAAUCUUCUUGCUGAUGUAAAUUUUUAACAUUUUUAUAGAAUGAGUGAUUAUUUUAUUUUUCACAGCACAGUAUUUUUUUUUUCAGUUUCAACAGUUGUGUUUCUUAGCCCUCAUGUCCUCCUCCUAUUGUCUUUCCACUAUUUUCAAUCCAAUUUAAGGAUAAAAUGAUUUACAAACCAACAAAAUCUUAUUUUAUCUACAUUUUACAUCAUUGUCCUGACUUUAUUGAAUUGGGAUAGCAGAGAUUGUCUGUUUUUUGGUAAUGCUUUCAUUUGCUGUUGUAAGACAGGCAGCAUUAAAUCAAAGUUAAAGUCUGUCUCAGUCAGUCAGCUGAAUCUCCUGACAGUACUUUGAAAAAUGUUGUUUAAAGACACCUAAGCAAGAACAUCACAGCUUUCAGGGCCAGAAACAUCAAACUCUCUAUUAAAACUUUUACAAUAAACUCUUUAGACAGAUUAACGCUAAAAAAUGCAUCAAUGUGUACACACACAAAGCUACACACAUACUGUACAUGCAGUCAUGUUUUCCACACAGUAUCCUUAAUACAAAAGAAGCAGAAAAUUGCUCUAUCAAAGAUCAACUCUGGUUAUUUCAAAUUAAGUGCAACACGACCCUCAAUACAAAGAUAUAUUUUUGUAGAGCCGCACUUUAAAAGUUACUUUGACUUGUUAACUAACCUUUCUUGAACUACUUUGGUGGUUUAUGAACUAAAAUGACAACCUCUGUAAACUCAUGCACACACAAAUUCCAUGUUGGAUUAAAAUGUAAACAAAACUGUACGGCAGAUUGGAAGUAACAAUUUCACAUCAGAGGAAUAUGGAAGCAGGUUCUGGGAGCAGGCCCUCCUGAAGACAUCUGAGUGAAUUAUUCGGACUUCAGAUUCACUGUCUCUCUUCUCAUGCAGGGAUUUUUGCCGACAGGAAAGGGGAAAAGAAAAAAUCAAAUGCAAACUUCAGCGCUCUCAUCGUGGUACGUCUCCAGUCUCUCUCAAUCUUCACCUGCCUGCCUCCAGUCAGCAGUGAAGAAACACAAUCCAGGCAAUGGAUGGCCUUCAACUCAAAGGCUGGAGCUCUGCCCCCCAGUCGACCCUCUAGUUUGGUACUGAACUCCACCAUGUUACCAGGACUCAGGUUCAGGAGAACUUGUCUGAACUCAUGGCUGGCCAUUAGGAUUACAUCUCUGGAUGGGUCGUCUAUGCCACCAUCCCGGAUCAUACCUACCGUCACCUCAAAGCGAUGGCUAUCAAAACGCUUGAUGUGGCAAGCGUGUUUUGCCAGAGCCUUGAGCUGGCACAACUCUUCUUCUUCUUGCAUUCGGAGCAGCAAGGGUAGUGAAACCGUGGCUGAGGCAGAACCAGACGCCAAGUUGGCAGCAGUAGGGUUAGCCGCUGUAGCAUUCUUGGGCUCACAUUUCGGAUAUCCCUCUCCGUAGAGACAGCGCAGCCAGUCCCCCAUGAACACUGGCAACAUGUUAAUGACAGACUGCGCCCCAUUCUCUGUCUCGGCCACACGUACAUGCCUAAAUCGACCAGUCCAGGUCACUCUGUGUCCUUGCAGGUGGCUACAGAAAAGCUGUGUCUGGGCCAUGCCUUUCGUCUCCCAGGCAGGAGGCCCACAUGCCUGACUGUACUGUCCCCAAGUAAGUGUGGAAUUGUACACCUUCUGUCCCUCAGCAUGGUACACAUAGAUGGCAAAAAACAAGAUCACCAUGGAGAUACAGAGUAAGAUGAGUUUGACUGGGCCACGGUGGGUAAGUGAGCGGAAGACAUCCAAGAUAGACAGACUGAAACGUGUCCACAGUCGCAGAGUGACAGGAAUUGCACAAAUCACCAGGGUGACAAUCAUCUUGGUGAGCUCCAGCUCAAGGAACCACUUGAAAAUCUGGAUUAAGAGCAUAGCUGCAAGACCAAAAGCCAGAAUAGGCAAGGCGAAUAGGAAGAGAAAGUAGGCCACGCAGGUGCGGAUUAGUCCAACUGCGGAGGAAUUCUGGAGGAGCACCACUGAGAACUCGCACCACAUGAAGCACACGAGAUACGGGACAAGGAAGCAGUAAGUUCCUCUGAAACCACGCAUCCUCGCCAUGCUGAGAGGGGAAAACAACCAGAGAGGAGUGUGAUGUUCAUUUUAGUCAAUCAAUAAACAAGUCAGCUGGGAUUAAUUUAAAAUACCACUAACACAAUCUGUCAUCUAAAAAGGCAAAUAAUCAAUCUCAGAACCCCGGGGACUUUUGGGUUUUCAGUGUUUCUGCUGCUGAUUAAGCACCAAAGGAUAGCUGGGUCAAGGGGUCCUUUGUUGUUCUCAAUUUACUAAUUAGAAGUAAAGUGGGUUUUAAAAAUAGAGUUGAAAUUAUGAAGCAGAUGAACGAGGUCAAAUGGAAUUACACUGUCAAGCUUUUUCCAGGUUUCUGUGACGGUAGCAGCGCCACAACGCCUGUGUUCAAUGUUUGAACUUGCACGUCAUAUGACACAGAUACAUAAAACCUAAUUCUAUUAUUUAGAUUGAUGUACUGUAAAACCCCACCAUGCUAGGAGAUGGUAGUAGCCAUUAUCAGGGGACACAGCCCUGGCUAGUGGGAGAUGGCUGGGCUACAGCUUAAAUACAGUAUUCGACCAACAUUUGGAGGCUUAAAAUAAUAAAACAAUUAAUUAGAAGUUUAACCUACUAUAUGGUUAGGAUGACAAUCCGCUAAGCACAUUACCAGUAAAAAUGAUGAGAAUGAAAUCAUAUUAAAUUCAUUUUGUAGAGAUUAAUAAUUGUUAAACUGUAGUCGGACUACAGUUCAUUAAGUGCCUUAUGGAUGACACAGAAUGAUUUUUUUCUCUCCACAUCAACUGUUCCUUUAAAAAACCAAGAUCUACUCAAAAACAGUCAGAUAGAAACUUUUGAGACUAUAGAGACGAGGAUGUUUCUGCAGCAAAUGUCUUGUCUGACGCCUGCAGAUAUCUCUGUAAACAGAUUAGAAUUUGACAAAUCAACUCACCUGAAGAAUAGGUAGAACAGGUAAACGUAAAGCAGACAAGGAAGACUGAGCUUCAGCACCACUGACUCCCCUAGAGGAAGCGUAGCAAAGGUACGACCCAGGGAACGAAGCGUUGUCAUGUCUUCUGGCAGGAACUGAGUCAGGCAACACAGUGACGAAGCUACCUGAUUUAAAAAUAAAAAAGUACAUUAACUCGUUUGUUUCUCAUUUAAAAAAUCAAAUUACAUAUAAACACACUGAAACACACAGUUUCCAUUCGCUAUAAAGACUGGGAAUGCGAUUAUUUAGUGACAUAUGAUGAUAGGUGUUGUGCUCUACCUGACCUCUAUGACCAUCGCUCUGCGUGCAUAUGCAGCAGCAGUCGGACUGAGACUCAUGUAGCUGACGGCGGUAAAGAAGAUCGCCACAGUGGAGAGCUCAGAGCAAGGGAUCCAGCCCUUGUCAGCAACGGGGAAGGAGAAGAUGACGAAGAAAACAGAGAGGAUGAAAUAAAGAUAUGGCUCAAGGUUGUUCCAACCAAAGUUAGUUUCUGCCUGCUCCACAUCCAGGCCAGGUUCAAAACGUGUCAGCAGAGAUGUCAGGGCACUGAAGUUCUCCCAAGUCUGCAAGAACACAAGGAAAGAAGAGAAAGCCGCUUGAUAUCAUAACAUACUUCUUAUUACUCAGUCAGAGCGACUAUCUAAAUGUAAACAGUUGCUCAUAAAUGUCUCAAUAAAAAAUAGAAAUACCAGCAGCAUUGUACAGAAAUGACGACACUCACUUUGCUGCUCUGGAAAACCCUCAGUGUGCAGAUGAUCAUGGAGAUGAAAGAGAGGUAGAAGACGAGCAGAGGGAUGACAAAAGCAAACAGGUCAACGGUCAGGUUGCUGAUGAUAAAGAAGAAGAUGAGUGCGUUGACGUGCUGUGUGGGGAUGAUAGUGCUCAGCCACUGGACACCAGCCCGCGAUGCCCAGUCCACCAGGUGCUCUUUCAUCUCAACUAUGGCAUGCAGCGGAUACUGCAGCAUCUGAAGAGAAGAAAAACAGAUGUGACUGGAGUUAUUAACGUUUAAAACCCACAAAAGGAAUCAAGAAUUUAUCCAUUCAACAGGUCCGAAAACAUCAGGUGUAUGAUGCAUUCAUAAGAAUUCAAGAACUAUUCAAAAACCGAGUUUAAUGUUGUACCAUCAGGCGUGAUUUCAUGUCCAUGGCUUUUUGAAUGGCCCCAUUCUGCUCAGAGCGGAGCAUCAUCCUACUUCGUCCAAAACUCCAAGAACUCCUGUGGGUCCUCCUGUGACCUGAUGGGACCAGCUCAGCCUUCUGCUUUCAAACACAAUCGCAUCAAACACACCAGACCUACUGGUUAGAAACAAGUAAAUUAAAACAGCAUUGUGUUAACAGGUAAUCUUUAUUUCAGUAGAGGGUAUUUUUACCUCUUCGGCUCUGACCUGAGGUGCAGAGCGUCCAGUCAUGGUUGUAACCUGACUGCCACUUUGGGGUGCAGAAGGGACAAUACCUUGAGCAUACUGUUUAGUCAUCUCAACAAAGUCAUCCAUGUCCACCAGAUGUGACGCUAAGGGAGACAAAAGUAGGUAUAUGAAGGCAUGUUCUCUCUUUCUUUCUCUCUUUCACUGUGUAGAUACUUACACUCACUGCUGACCAUGCUCUCCAAUACUUUCUGCGUCUGGCCUGAGGUUGGGGCAGGAAUCCUGCUUGCAGUGCCACCUUUUGGUGAGACAUGAUCAUAGCAGCGGUGAGUGACAAACAGCUUUUACAGCCUCAGCAUGCAAUGUGAUAUUCUUCACAGUGACAGCUGCAAACACUGAGAUCUGAAAGAAAUGUAUGAUACUGUGCCAACAAAUAACAAAAUACUGCAAGUCUCUCUGCAGUGUUUUCAACCAGGCAGGAUUGCUGUCACCUUUCAUAAAAUACUUGAUAUGGUAGGGGUGUGCGUGCAUCCUACCUGGGACGGCAUUGACCUGGCUGACAUUUUCCAGCAUCUCAGCCACAGCCACUUUCUUCUUCCUCUCUGGAUUGAGUUUCCAGUACAUCAUCAUGGCUGCUUUACGCACCGCCAGCUCAAACUUACUCUCUGUUGCCAACUUACGCACGUCAGCCUCAUUCUCUGGAGUAAUUCCUUGUAGAGGAUGACAGGCAACAAUCAGUGAAUGAACACAGAUACAAAAACACACGCGUAAUUUGAGUUAAAUGAGUAUUGACCUUUCCUCUGAAUCCAACAGCGUUGAAGUGCUCUUGCUGCACCUUUCCUCCCUUGUUUAGCCGCUUUAACCAGCCAAGUCACAGCCAGCUGAUUGUUUUGCUCUGUGUCUUUCUCUCCUGCAAGAAGCAAGUAGUGCUGACCCAGCUGAAACAGACAAGAACAGUAAGACAGUAAGCUUGGGUGGUCUUGGGGUAUUUAAUCAUUGAAGUUAAACAUGGAUUUUUAAAGAGAUUCUUCCAUUUAAAUGAGAUUUUAUUUAUUGUGCAAACAGCACUGAAAACUGAACUAGAACUAUUACUUGUAAAUCAGUACUCAGUUGAGACAAUCCUCUGUUUUCUCAUUAGGAAAUUCAAUCCAUUAGGUUUCACUGUGAAGUUCAGAAAUCCCAUGGAUGACUCAUGAAUUCAGGGUCUAUAAUCUCCCGUCCCGAUAGCCAUCUAGUUAAUCUGUCAGUAGCAGAGACCCCAGUAGAAUAUCAAGUGACUGUUUUCUAAUCUUAACUGUAAUUUUACAACUUCCCCCACAGUGAGAACCAAAUGUGUCUAUUUUUAAGGAGAGGAGAUGUAUCUCCAUUUGAUUUGACUCAGCAUUAGUAUAUUCCAGUUUAUGAACCUGCUUUUCAAGUGAUUUUUAGAGCAUCUUAAUGCCAAUAAUUAUACUCUAACUAAAAGAAGAAACCAUAAAAGCUUAUUUCCUGUUUAAGAAUUAUGCUGAAACAUCUCUUUUAUAAUGUUAAGCUCAUGUGCUUUGAUAUAUGAGACAAACUCAGUGUUCACUAAAUACCACCACUGUGCUGAUGUGCUGUCACAUGUAUGUUCACUUUUACAAACACACCCUGUGGUCUUAAGUUCACAUGUGCAAUACAUGACAUAUAGCACAGGCGAGUUCAAGACGUGUAACCAGCCACUUAGGAAUGUACCCUUUUAGAACUGGGGCAUCUAAACGGCAAAGUCUGGGCUCAUCUUCCACCCCUACCCCCCUUUUCUUCUGACAGUACCUCUGUUUAAGUUUGCAAUGACGAGUAAAUAAAUAUGAAGCAAAGAGAAUAUGAACUUUUUAAAUCACUGCACAAGUUCAGAGCAGUGCUGCAAUAUGCUAUGAUAGUCUGCAUAAUGAUUUGGGACUGACACAAUAUCUUCUCAGUGUAUCAUAUUAACAGACUUGGAUCAUCUUCCAAAUGGACAAAAAUAGAUGCAUGCACAUAACCAGACUGACUCAACCAGCAGUACUGAAAACAAUGCCAAGUGCCAGCCUGUAAGCAAGUACUCUCAUACUCACACGGGUCUGAGCUCUGGCAUCGCCAGCUUUGGCCUUCUCUUCCAUCUGCUCCACAGACAAAUCUUCCUCUGGUUCUUCUUCUGGAUACAAAAGAAAGAUAAAGGAGAUGCCUCGAAGGUCCAUAUAAAUAUCUCAAUAAAUAAAAGAAACACCACCCUCAAUCAGUGGAAUAAAGCAAGGGUUUCCCAAACUUUUCAGCUCAUUACCUUUGAAAUAAGGGUGCCAGGGACUGGUGACCACCACUGUCCCUUGAGGUGUCUUGACAUUGCUCACAGCUGCAUGCACACACUAAUAAGCCAUUCCAAAAACAGGUGUGAGAACAACAUAACAGGACACAACAGGCAAACAUAAUUUAUCAUUUUAAAGUAUUUUACUUUUCAACUUUUGCACAUAUUCCUUUGUUUUCCUGUCCAGCUGCAACUUGACCUGCUGAAAGUGAUGUUCUCGUUUAAUCUGUAAAAGUCAUGUGGCAAUUUAAGAAAAAGAAAACUGGUUAUUAAACUCCACUAUUUCUACAACAAUGGAUGAACAAUGAAGUAUUAAAUUAUGUUUCAACAGGCAUCCUGUCUUAACCCCUACUUUGGGAACCUCCUGAUUACAGGACGGCCAACCUGACAUGUGACUAUUGUAGUAAUACAACUUCAUUGAGAAGCAAUGUGACUCACUGUUCAUUUUCAUACACACCUUGUUCACAGCCAGCAAUGAACAGCUCCCGACUGACAUAUGUCUUGUAACAUGAGAAUAGCAAGAAGUCAUAGGUGGAGUAGUUGUGAAAGUGUGUGCACUUUAAACAUGUCUGUGCAUCUGUCUGUCUGCAGAUAUCCUGUAACAAGUUCACUCUGCUCCAUCAACACAGUGCCCAUCUCCAACAUCAAAUCAUUGGCUGUAACCAGUCUUAGCUGACAACUGUGUACCCAUGAUACUGAAAUCGCAACAGCAUCACCAGAGCUGCUCACUGAUGUCAUUAAAAAAAUUUUAAAAAACGGGAAAAAGUGUCAUUUUCACAGGUGCCGCCUCACCCAGAGUAUUUUACUAAAUAUGCGCAUAACCCCCUGUUGCGGGGUUCUUGUGAUUUACAGCCGGCCUUCCAAGGUGUUGUGCAACAAUAUUUACAAAAGUGCAGAAAAAUGGUCAAAUUCUAUCUACAAAUGUACACAAAUGUAACCAUAACUUAAAAAUUCUCACUCAAGAGAAAAAAAAAAAACAGAAAGCAGCAAUACAAAAGUCAGUUUGGUAGUUACUGUUCAUGCAACAAACUCCGGGCUCAAAGAAAGAAAGGUCCAGAAAGCCUUGUUUUCAGCCCCCCUAGCCCCUCCCAGUGGGCGUUAUCCAUUAUAUAAGUUGGAAAAAAACUCAAUUAUUCACAUUUAAACCAUUUUUACCAUUUUUAACCUUCAGACUUUUUUUCUGUAAAUUUUUGCCAUUUUUACACAAAUCAAUGGAGCAUUAGUUUUUAGGGAUUCAAGGCAAACAACAAGGGAUUAAUUUUUCUCGCAUCAUGUGACCACUUUGACCCUCCAUACCCACCUAUUUUACACCCGGAAAUCACGCGCUCUGUUUCCUCGAUUGGAAACAUGAACCGGCAUGAUGGCGUGAAUGGACACCCGGCAAGUAAGUGGAGGGAUCAAUAUUAAUGUUAACGUGUGUUUAAGUUAACUGAUAGAGCUCCAAGUGUGAAACCUUGGUUACCCUAUCCAACAGAGAAACGAGAAGGAAAAGUGGCGCUGUUUAGUGGGGAAUUAGCGACGCUGGCGGGGAGGGAAAUGUUUGGCGCUUAUUUGGGUAAGUGUGU